CCUUCUAAUUUACACAGGAUAUUUAUGCAUUGGGUGGAAGGAAAUUUGCAUUCCAAAAUGUUGGACCACUGGGUUGCCAGCCAGAAAAUAAACAGUCAUACAACACUACUGGUUGUGUGGAACUGCUACAAACUUUAGCAUCUAUGCAUAAUGACGUUCUAAAUACUGUUGCUGAGGAGUUAGCUAGCGAACUACCAGGAUUCAAAUAUUUAAUAUAUGAUUACUUCACUACAGUAAUGGAAAGAACAGAGAACCCAACAAAAUACGGUUUCAAGGAAGGGGAUAUUGCAUGCUGUGGCAGCGGUACUCACCGAGGCGACGGUUGUGGCUACCUGACAGUAGCAUAUGAACUGUGCAGUAAUCCUAAUGAAUAUGUGUUUUUCGAUGGCGGCCAUCCUACCGAAGCAGCCAACAUUCAGUUAACUGAGCUGUUAUGGAAUGGAACAACAAAUGUUACUUGGCCUAUAAACUUGAGCCAACUUGUUGAACUCGACAGUACUGAUGUCAAGGUUUCUACCGAGAACGUUGAUAUUUUGAUUGAUCAACGAGUUGCUUCCGGUCGGGUAUCGAAGGCAAACGUGUAGGAUAAUAAAUUUCAAGGUUUGCAGGAGGAAAUUAAUUAAAACUUAUUUUGGGAAGUAAUUAAGUUGAUGCUGUUAUUGCCGAGUAUGAAAGGAUAUUGCCCGUUAAUAAAAGGAUAUUUAUGUUCCUAGUCAAAAAAGGUCAUCUCACCAACUUUUAGUUCUUGCUUCCACCUAACAUUCUUGAAUCUACAUCAAAGAAAAUUGGAUGGACAAA